AUGGGCGAGAUCACAUCCUCAGGCGUCACCCUGAUCUCGCAAGGGACAGGGUACGGCAUGCUCAUCGGCCUUGGUAUUAUCUUCUGCGGGGUAAUCCUCGUCGCCGUGAAAAUCCAAAAGUCUUAUCUCGAUGAAGAUUCCGGGCAGUCGGAGAUGUUCAUGGUGGCGAACCGGACCGUUGGCACGGGGUUGACAGCGUCGGCCGUGUUCUCGUCGUGGAUGUGGAUCAACGAGACGGUGUUUGCGGCGGUGAAUUGCUACCGAUUUGGCCUUGCUGCCCCGAUGUGGUAUGGCUCCGGCCUGUGCUUCCAGAUCGCGUUGAUGGCGGUGCUGGGUGUCCUGGCGAAGAUCCGGGUUCCGUACGCGCAUACGUCGAUGGAGAUUAUCCGGAUGAGAUAUGGGCGAGUGACGCAUGUCGUGUUUCUGGUGCUGAACCUGUUUUGCAAUAUCUUCGGCUGUGCGUCUAUGAUCCUGGCGGGGUCUCAGUUGAUUCAUGGGAUAUCGGGCAUGCAUUUUGUCGCUGCUACGGUUCUUAUUCCGCUUGGAGUGGUGCUGUAUACUGCGGUUGGCGGGCUGAAAGCCACCUUUAUCACGGACUAUCUCCAUACAGCUGUUGCGCUCAUUCUGAUUAUCUACUUCACGCUGACCAUUCUCACUCACGAUGCUAUCGGUGGUCUGUACGGGUUGUACGACAAAAUCUCAGCCAUCGCGGAAGACAAUUACAUCCCGGGAAACUACCAAGGCUCGCUUCUCACGAUGAAGUCCCACGACGCUAUCAUAUGGGGACUGAUUCUCAAGCUUGGAAACCUGGCCUUGGUCGUUAUGGACACUGCAUUUUGGCAAAAGUCAUUCGCAACAGAGGUCAAAGCAACGGUGCCCGGGUACAACCUGGCCGCUGUUGCAAUCUUCGGCGUGCCGUGGGGACUGGGCACGGUCAUCGGACUGGCCGCGCGAGUGCUACACACAACGCCCCUGUUCCCGACAUAUCCGGGCGAGUUCACGCAGCAAGAGGUGCUUUCGGGGUUUGUGAUGCCGUACGCCAUCCAGGCUGUGGUCGGAGAGCAAGGGGUCAUCGCGUUCCUGGUCCUGCUGUUCAUGGCGCUCACGAGCACGGUGUCUUCGUCCAUGAUCGCCGUGAGCAGUAUCAUCUCCUUCGACCUGUAUAAAACGUACAUCAACCCGAAGGCGUCCGAUAAGAGACUCAUCCGCGUCAGCCAUCUGGCGGUUGUGUUUCACGCCGUCUUUAUCACCGCCUUCUCGAUCGUCCUGAACUAUGGCGGCGCAAACAUGACGUGGAUCGGCUACUUCCGGCCUAUCCUCACGGGCUCGGGUAUUGUGCCUCUGAUUUUGACCUUGACUUGGUCCGGCCAGACACGGCUGGCGGCCAUCUGGUCGCCGAUUCUGGGGUUUGUCACCGGUCUUGCGAUCUGGCUCGGCACGACCAAGUCUAUGUACGGGAGUAUCAAUCUGAAGACGACGAUGGAGGAGGCGCCGUGUUUGUACGGCUCGCUUGCGUCUACAUUUACACCAGCAGUGUACUCGGUCGUGAUCUCGUUCUAUAAACCGUAUAAAUUCGACUGGCGACAGUUUCUCCGGAUUGAGCUGGUCCAAAGGCCCGAAGCUCCAGCUAACGAGGGCUGUCCUCGUGAGAACGUGACAAGCGAAGGAUAUGUGAAUCCUGAUCAGAAGGGAGCGAUGGUCUCCUCAUCCAGUUCAACUACCGACAUACAGACACCCUCGGAGACAAGUCUAGAUGACCUACAGCACCCGUUCGACACUCACACCCUCCAGCAGCUGCAUAGGUGGUACCGCAUUGCGUGGAUUAUGUGGGUCGUGCUUGUCCUGUUGACCUUUGUGGUGUGGCCGAUGCCUCUGUACCGAGACUACAUCUUCGACAAGUCGUUCUUUUCGGGCUGGACGACUGUGGCGAUUAUCUGGCAGUUUGUUGCAUUUGUGUCUGUUGUUCUUUAUCCUCUGUACGAUGGGCGCUAUGAGAUAUGGAAGGGGGUUGUGGGAAUUCAAAAGUCACUGAGGGGGAUGCUCGGAUGA